AUGACAUCUGGUGAGAAUUCUUUGAAAAUAGGUUCUUCGUUUUUUCUGCAUUCUAAUUUGGAUAAUUUUGCACACGAAUCACAUAAAAUUAAAGAUGCUUUAGGGAAAAAACAGCAUGAACACCUAGAUAAAUCCUGUAAGACAGGAUUGACUCAUUCUCAAUCUGUAACAGAGUCAUUGGCAUCUAGAUAUGUGCCGACUGGUUUCCGAUCUGUGUCUUUGGUUCAAUUAAUGGAGGAAUCUCCCAAAAAAGGACUUUUUGAGCGUCUAAUGAGGAAAAAAAGCAGUAAGAAUGCUCCACAAAAACCCAACACUAAUUAUAAAAAUGAAAAACCACUGUGUUCCAAAAAAACACCAAGUCUUACAGGUAAAAAUUUAAAGGAUUAUAAUUCUUAUAAAGAAUCCUUAAAAUCCUGUUCAUCGCCAAUUCCUGAAUCAAUUUCUUCAUAUGAAUUAACAAGAAGCGUUAGCACUUCUAGAAAUAAAAAUCCUAUAUCAUUAUGUAAACGGUCUUUAUCCUUUUUGGGUAAUAGCAUGUUAUCUCAAACAGUAUCAGAUAGUUUGGAUUCAGUAAAGAGCCUCGAAGCUCGAAGAACUAGUUUUGAAUCUUAUGGGAAUCGUUUAAAUACUAGUUCAGGAUUGAAACAUAUUAAUGAUCAUCUUUCAUCUUCUAUCAUAGUGAAUAAAGCAAACGAUGUGUUUUUCAAUACUGAAAAUAAAGAAAAUAACACGAUAUUAGACCAUUCUAAAGAUUUUGAAAAAUCUGGUUCUCAAUUAAAUCGAAGUGUUACAGAGUACUCUGAACUUUCAUUUGUUUCUGCUCAUGAAAUAUUUGACAAUAAAAAUUCUCUUACAGAUGUUUCUAAUAAAGAUAUGAAAGAUCCUAUAGAACUAGAUAGUAAAGAUUGCAGAAGCAUUGAUGGAUUAAUUAAAAGUCAAACAUUGAAAUAUAGUGCUUCUGAUAUAGGGAAGAGUAUUUUUCGUGGAGAAGAAACAUAUAUUAGUAGAAUUAAAGCAGCUACAUGGUUGGGUGAUUGUCCCGAACUAAAUUCUAAUGCGAGAACCGUAUAUAUGAGUCAAUUUGACUGGAGCGGUGUAGAUAUACUGACUGCUCUUAGAAAUUUAUGUUCUAAACUUAUAAUGAAAGCAGAAACUCAACAAAUGGAUAGAAUAUUAGAAUCAUUUUCAAAAAGAUGGUAUGAAUGUAACUCUUCUUCUAAAUUGACACCUGAUAUUGUUCAUCCUAUUGCAUACUCAUUACUUUUAUUAAAUACUGAUUUGCAUGUUGCUGAUUUAACUCAGGGACAAAAAAUGACCAAAAACCAAUUUGUUCAGAAUACAUUAUCAACUAUAUUCUCUUCCUACCCUAAAUCUAAAUUAAAUAUUUCACAAUUUAGCGGAUUAUCUUUAAUGGAUAAUUCUGUAUCUUUAGUUCCUGCUGGACAUGCUUUAUCUCAAAACUUUCUUUCAUAUAAUCGAUUAUCUACUGACUUAAGACUCAGCUUGGAUAUUUCAAGAAAAGCAUCAAACUUUUCAGUAAAUAAAGCGUCUAGUGUUAUGUUAGACGAUGAAUUGAAUAAUUCUAUUUAUUUUCAAUUGGAAACGUUAUUAAAAGAAAUGUAUAUAUCGGUUAAAAAUUCUCAUAUAUUACAGCCUGUGAUUAAUGAUAAUCAACUUAAUGACAUUCAGGAUACAAAUUCUAUAUAUAAAAUGACAAAUUCAGACUUUUAUUCUAUGCCAUUGGAUCGAACACUUAGUUUUUCAUGUGGGUCUUUUUCUGAAAUAAGUACACGAAAGUAUAGAACAGGAAAAUUUAGAAUUAAAAAUUGGGGAAGCAAAAAAAAAAAUAUAUCUCAAGGGUGUCAUGAUAGUUAUAGUGAUUCUAUUUCUUGUAAUAUAAAUGACUGGAGUCCUAGUUUUGGAAAUAAAUCUAAUAAUUUUUUGCCUGAAAAUAGAUCCGUUUGUUCUUUUAAUUCUUCUUGUUAUUCAACUAAUACAUGUGAUUAUCAGUUUGCUACAAUAGGUUUUGCUGGUACUUUAAAUAAUGUUAUGAAAAAAGCAUCUAUGCUUUCAUCAACUAGUCUUAGUUGUAAUUAUGAUAUUGUUGAAGAAAAUGAAUUAGCAUUGUCUGGACCACCAUGGACAAAGGAAGGUAUCUUAAAGCAUAAGCAUUAUCUUGAAAACUUUAAAAAGGCAAAAAACAGAACAUGGGUCGAAUGUUUUGCUGUAUUGGAAAAAGGGAAAUUAAAAUUGUUUCGGUUUAAUAAUAGUAAGUUUUCAGAAAGGAGAGGAGUUAUUGGCAGUGGAAAUUGGAUUGAAAAUGCUGAUAUCAUUGGGUCAUUUACAUUGUUGCAAUCUCUUGCUUCAGCAUUACCUCCUCCAGGAUAUUCUCCUACUAGACCUUAUGUUUGGGUUUUAACUUUGCCAAAUGGUAGUGUGCAUUUUUUUCAGGCUGGAACUAGCGAAUUGUUAAAUGAAUGGGUCUAUACGGCUAAUUAUUGGGCUGCUAGAUUUUCUAAGGAGCCUUUGUUAGGUGGAAUUAGUAACGUUGAAUAUGGAUGGGGACAAUGUUUAGAAGAAAUGGAAGAUUACAAAAAAAAAGUAAAAGACAAACAUGUUUCAAAAUUGCCAGGAGAUAAGGCUAUUAUUAAAACAUGGAAUACUCCUCAGUUAUAUCUUUUAACUAAUACUGCAAAAGAAGAAGAACAAAUAAAAAAUCUUAGAAAUUAUAUAUCUAUUUUGGAGAAAGAUGUCCAAAAACAUAAUGCAUACAGGCCGCAAAUUCUUCAAGCGUUUUCCCCUCGACACCCAAACUUAGCAAAAGCAUUAUUGAAUUGGGAAAGAAAGUCUCAGUAUCUUCUUCGUGAAAUCGUAAAAUAUAAGACGUAUCUAGAAUGUUUGUCUCGAGCACUAACACUAAGAAAUGAACGACUUUUUAAGAAUGAUACUACAUAUAAUAACUCUCCUAGUAAUAAACAGUCUAUAUAA